UGACACAAUUUUUAUGUUGUGUGGACAUGCGACAGCUUUACGUAGCAAGUAUUUCAAGAUUGUUGAAUGAAAUAUGCCAUUAAUAUGGCUUCACGUUUGAGUUCGCAGGAAGUUUUGGGUGAGGAGUUGGAUGACGAAAAAGGAAGCGAUUUGGACGUCUCUCAGAAUUGUUCAAGUUCGUCAAGCAGCAGUAGUGAAGAUGACAACAAUCCUGUUGAUGAGUUUGACAAUGAUAUUGUACCAGGCCCAAGUUCUCACGGACAAACACCAACAGUAAGGGUUAGUAGACGAGUCGGGAGAGCUCCACAGACAAGGCGGAGAAACAAGGGAGCAUUUGCUCAGCGAAGUCCUCCACAAGGCUGGACAAAUACCUUACCCACUCCAAAUAUUCCACCGUACACAGAAACACCAGGUCCGAAAUGCAACCUCCCUCCUGACGCCCGUGAGUUGGACUUUCUUCUCUGCCUGAUUGGUGAAGAUUUUUUCGCAACGCUAGCAAGGAACACCAAUAUCAAUGCGGCGUGUAAGUCACCAGCAGGACCUGAAGACUCGACUGAUGAGUUCGCCACAUCGGACAAGCGCUGGAGUCCUACGACUGCUGCUGAAAUCAAGGCUUUCAUUGGGAUCAUCAUUUUGAUGGGUAUCAAGCAAGCCCAAGAAUAUAGCGAUUAUUGGAGUCAGGAUCGACUACUCAAUGACCCUUACAUUAGCUCCCUUCUGUCUCGAAAUAGAUACGAGAAACUAUGUCAGUAUCUUAGCUGCAGCAAUGCAAAUAUCCCGACUGAAAAUGACCAUCGCAACAAAGUCAGCAACAUCAUCGACAAGCUACGGCAAAACUUUAAACUGAAUUUCACCCCUGGAUGCUGCCUCUCAGUGGAGGAGGCAGUGAUAAAACAGAAUGGAAAAUUGCUUUGGAAGCAAUAUAUUCCAAAGCAAUCGAGGAAGCGGGGAAUUAGAUUAUGGUUUCUCUGUGAUUGUCUGACAGGGUACUGUCUUAACUUUGAGGUGUACACUGGGCGGGGAAACCACCCAAGCACAGUGCAAGAACACGGACUUGGUUACAGCGUGGCGAUGAAUGUCUUGCAAGAUUUUCUUCGGAAAAAUCAUCAUGUUUAUGCCGACAGUUUCCUAACCUCUCUUGCUCUUGUAGAGGAUCUACACGAAGCAGAUACGUUUUUCUGCGGCAUGUUAGGUAGAAAUAUGGCCGGGAUCCCGCGUGAAAUUAAGAAAGUACCGCUGAGAAAGUAUGAGAGUGUGAAAUGGAGAAAAGAUGCCUCAUGCACAAUGGUCACGCACUGGCUUGACAAGAGGCACGUUUAUCUCAUUUCAUCGAAUAACAAUGGCAAAGACUCUUUGAAUAUGAAACCACAAACGAGAUCCCAUCAUCAGGAGUUUGUCAUGGUCACAGUACCGUCUGUAGUCACCGACUACAAUGCCAAUACGGGAGGGGCGGACCAUAGUGAUCAAUUCCGAUCAUAUUGCAUUGUUUCUCGGUCAGGAAGAAGGUGGUGGAAGUAUUUAUUCUGGGCGCUUUUCAACCAAGCGUUGAUAAAUGCGUAUAUCCUGUGGAAGGCAUCAACAAAGCCCCAUUCCAAGAGCAAGAAAUCGCACUCGCUGAAAGCAUUCAAGGUAGCCAUCAUUCAUCAGCUUGCCGAUGGAUUUUCUUCCAGGAAACGCACAACUACUUCCACCUCCAAACGCCCAGUGGAGGAAAUACUUGACGGGGAAUCGGUGCCUGGUCAUGCACUUGUCCUGUUUGGAGAUCGCAAGCGAAACUGCGUGUGUUGUAAAAGGGCUGGACGGUUAACAGACGGGGGAAACAAAAUUCAAACCAAGUUUGGAUGUAGCGGUUGUAGGGCCAGCAUGUGCAAGCUGAAUUGCUUCAAUGAUUGGCAUAUGAUUGGUUGCCAGAACAGUAAAUGAUUCCUAGUUGGAUCAUUCUAAACUAAACUCGACAGUCACUGUCAGAAGUUAUUCAUGAAUUGUCCUGAAAGCUUUUUGGAAAUAAAGGGGAAGAAGUUUUUAGUGGCCUAAUUAAUGUUGUUACCGUUGCAGAGUCUUUCUUACAGGCAAAACAUUAGGUUUUUGUAAAGGAACACAAUGCCUUGGAUCGGUCGAGUUGGUCUCUGAAAAGCUUUUGUAACCGUUUGUUAUAAAAUACAUGAUUAGAAAGAUAUUUUGUAAGUAGACGAAGUUCCUAGUGGUAACUUACCAGUGAGUUUUUGUUUUGCAAAUCACGCAUAGAUUGUACAUCAAUAGAAACCUGUGGAAUUGGACAACCCUCACAUAAUUACUUGCUAAGAUGGAUUAUUUCAUUGUUAACCAAUUUCUCUUUAUUAUACACUUUGUCUUUUUAAAUUUGAAAACUCCAUUUUGAAAUUAAAACUUACUUAUCGUCAAAUAACUAAAUAAUUAUUCUGCACAUCACACAAAGAAAACAACCCCAUAGUUUACAAUGGCACCAAGCACAAAUACAACAAUUUCAUUAAUAUAAUCAAAUUUGUGGUUUGUAUUUUCCACAUCCAAAAACUCUAUGGAUGGAUACAACAACCUAUUCGUGUUGAAUUAAAAAUAUUCUCUAUGAAAAACAUGAAAAACAGUUAGGCCUUAUGUGUACAAAAAUUUAUAAAACCUGAUCACAAAUUUGUUUGUUUUCUUUACACCAAAAGUACUGAAAAAUAUUUUAAAUUUAAAUAUAUUGUCUGAAGGAAGUACAUUUCAGUGUGGAAUGGACACACUUCAUAAAAACUCCCAAGGUCUGAUAUAAAAUCAAAGUUAAUAUACAAUCCAUGCAUAUAAUCAU